AGCCAGGUUCAAAGUGGCCUGCAGACUGCCCUGAACUCAUCUCUCCAAGCUGCUCCAGAGCCCAGGAAGACUCCAGGAUGAAGGGCUUCCUCCUCUUCUUCACUAUCAUUCUUCUGGUUGUGAUUCAGAUACAAACGGGAGCCUUGGGACAAGCUGCUACGGCCGCUCCUGGUACUAACAAAAACAGCACCUCCACCAAAAAAACCCCCUCAAAGAGUGGGGCCUCAUCCAUCAUCGAUGCGGGUGCCUGCAGUUUCCUCUUCUUUGCCAAUACCUUAAUGUGCCUCUUCUACCUCAGCUGAGGUGAAGGCGCGGCUUCUGAAGCCCCGUGCUCCACACACUGCUGCCACCAUCAGUAGCGAGAGACAUCCCAACCCACGGGAAGGGUUGACAGCAGAUAUCCAAGGAGGCUAACGUUGACAGCCAAUGGCCGGAAUGGGAGCGGGGGGAGUGACACCCAGCUAGGGCACAAUAAAGUUAUACUUAUGCUUA